AUGUCGUAUUUCAAAAGCACAAGGCUUAAAAGUGAGAAAAAUAAUAUUUGGAGCGCGUUUAGGCCUUUGUAUUUUAUAUUAACAUUGUUCGGGUUGUUACCUUACUCGAUGAAGUUUCCGAAGGGUUCAGGAGGCGCUAUAAUAAUACACAAGUCUAUAUACUUUAAUUCACUUUGUUCGGUAUCCGUGUUAUUAAUUUUAUGCUCCUUUUUCGUUCUCCACACGCAGCAAGUGUUCGCUUCGACGGAGAGCAACACGAUGACUGAAGUGCUGACGACAAAGUUCAACUACAUGUUUGAGAUGCUCACGCUCAUACUAUUCGCUACUGUCAGUUAUUAUUGUGCUUAUAAAAACAGAUUCACGUACGUAAAAAUAUUGAACGCUGUUGUUUCAUCGAGUAACAAGUUUUUCGAUUACAAAGUUAUACGUCGAUUACAAAUGCAGGUUAAGAUAGUAGCUUUAACUUUGUUUUUAUUAUUGGUGUUGCAAAUUACGAUAAACUUCACAAGACUGGACGCAGUGAGGAAGAUGAUGUUGGUGGCCGCGACCUUCAUUUUGCCACAGAUGAUACAGUUCACUGUGAUCGGCUUCUACUACGUGUUAGUGUUGAUGGUGGUCGGAGUUCUGAAGAACAUCAAUGAGCAAAUGAAAAGUUUAAGCAAUUGUAACAAGAUCAAUGCAAAGUUUAUAAAAGCGGAAAAGAAGAUUACUUUGAAUGAGAUAGAAAUAGUUUACGUGAAUAUGUUGGAGAUGAAACGGGAGAUAAAUAGAGCAUUUGAAGCAUCUAUUUUGGCGACAGCGAUUCAAUGUUUCCAUUCGAUAGUGAGCGAGGCGCACAUCCUGUACCACGGGCUGGUCGUCGACUACACCCUCACCACGCACGACGUGUGCAACUGCUCGGUCUGGAUCGUGUAUCAGUUACUAAAGGUUCACACUAUAUCGUGUUCAGGGAGCAUGUUGAAAGAACAGGUGGCAGAGAUCGGGCGCAGCUUGCAUAACGUACUGGCAGGCAAAGAAGACGCUAGAAUGUAUCUGGAAGUGCAGCAUUUCUCGUCGCUGAUAUUGUUCCAAAAUGCCGAGAUGACCGUUUAUGAUUUCUUCCCGCUGGAUGCAACUUUUACUUUUAAUGUGGUGUCAACAGCUGUCAUGUACAUAGUGAUGCUCGUGCAGUUCGACACUACAAACAAUAAGAACCCAUAA